AAUACGAAGAAGAAUGCAGUUGAAUUAUUUCAAAUUUACGUAGGUUUAAGGAGCCCAAAAUGAGUAUUAACUGGAAAUCUAGCUUAAUCGAUGACAUGCUAACGGAUUUAGCAAUCAGCCGGCAAUCGAUGGCUCAGCAGUCUAACACAAUUUCGGAUAUUAUCGACAAGUCGAACAACAUACUACUACAAAUUGAGACCACUCGCGGCAACACAAAUAACUCUAACACUAAUUCAUCUAAUACAACAAACAGAAUAUAUUCUUGCAAAAAGGAAACUGUGCAGACGGUGGCUAAAAUCAUCGAAAACUCUCCUCAGCUGUUCAGUGCUAAUAUGCAAACACUCGCAGCCGGACUGAGUCAAAACAGUGAUCAUUUCGAACAGUACUUAGAGCAGAGUCGUCAACGUGCCGAAUAUCUUAGUAGUUCCGUGCGCAAACUGCUUGUUAUUGGCGAUACCAUCACCCAAAUUAAAUCUGUCUUACAAGAGGAAUCAGACGCUGAUAUCUCUGAAAAUGACGACUCACACUGGAGUGAAUAAUUUUUGUGUAGAAAAGCAGUGAUCACACUUUAUUUGUUUCAACAAUUUGCGAGUAUAACUACGCAACUAUAAACAUAAUUACAUAUUAGAAACAGUAUUAAAUAAAUAUGUUAUUAAAUUCAUGAAGCUCUCACUA